AUGGCGAAUGACAAGCUCGACAAGAAGGAUCUUCCCGAGUCGGACAUUUCAUCGGAUGAGUCUGACUGGGAAGAUGCCGAGCCUGAGGAGGAAGAGACCGUGGACUUCAUCUCUUUGCUGGACGACUCCGUUUUCCCCAGUCUCGAUUCCAUGUUGCAGCAUUGCCGCGAAAAGCACAACUUCGAUUUCCUUGAAGUCCGUCAUCGGCUCGGCCUCGACUUCCUCGGCACCGUAAGGCUCGUCAACUUCGUCCGCCAAAGCACUCACGAUGGUGCUCGUCUGCCCGAAAUUAUUUCUGCCGAGCACAUCUCUGAUGAUCGCUUCUUCAAGCCCGUCAUCGAGGAUGACGCUCUGAUCAUGGCACUAACUGAGCUAGACCUUGGCUCUGAUUCUCAAAGUGUUCUUCAAGAGGAAUUGCAGUCGAAGUCAAGCCGAGAAGCUCAACUUGAGGACGAUCUGGAGAAAGUCAAGGCACAGUUCGCCAGCUACCGCUUGGCCGUCGAACAAACGUUGGAUCAGCGUUGGGGAGAAGAUGUUCCAAACAGGAGCCGUCGGGACCGUUCGGUCGACAAGGAGGCCCGCAAAGACGAGUCCCAGUACUACUGGGAAUCAUAUGCUAGCAAUGAUAUUCAUGAAACCAUGCUCAAGGAUACCAUUCGGACAGAUGCAUAUCGCGAUUUUGUCUACGACAACAAGCAUCUGUUUGCGGGAAAGACUGUGCUCGAUAUUGGUUGCGGAACCGGUAUUUUGAGCAUGUUUUGCGCCAAGGCUGGUGCAGCCAAGGUCUUUGCGGUUGAUAAAUCGGACAUCAUUGACAAGGCCCGAGAGAAUGUGUUCCACAACGGACUCACUGAUCAAAUCACUUGCAUACGGGGAAGGAUCGAGGAAAUCGACCUUCCGGUGGAUCAGGUGGACAUCAUCAUCAGUGAAUGGAUGGGAUACUGUCUCCUUUAUGAAGCCAUGCUGCCUAGCGUUCUCUGGGCCAGAGACCGUUACCUCAAGCCUGACGGUCUGCUUGUCCCUAGCGUCUCGACCAUCUGGGCUGCUCCCGUGUCGGACCCCGAGUAUGUCACAGAUUUCAUCACCUUCUGGGACGACGUCUACGGCUUUGACAUGAAGUCUAUGAAGACUGGCAUCUACGACGAGGCGCGCAUCGAAGUCAUGCCCGAAAGCUGUGUUUGCGGCUCUGCAACGCAGAUCGCAUUCCAGGAUUUGCACAGUAUCAAAACCGAGGAGCUCGAUUUUGAGGCCCCGUGGAAGUCCACCUUGUCGAGGGACAUUCCUUCACUCGACGGGUUCUUGGUUUGGUUUGAUAUCUUCUUUACUACUUCUCGGAAGGACACUGUUCCGGCGAGCCUGCAUGUCAAGCCUGGCGAGUCCAGUGGAACCCGCCCCGGCGAGAUCGCGUUUACCACUGGCCCCUUCGGCCCCGCCACCCACUGGAAGCAGGGUUUCCUGAUGAGCAAAUCUCUGGAAGACAACAUCGAAGUUAAAGCCGGGACUGAUGUCUCGGGCCGCAUCGUCUUCAAGGCACCCGAAAACAACCCACGCGCCCUAACCAUCGGCAACACAUGGACUGUGUCUGGCCAAGGAGAGAAAAAGCAACUGUGGAAGUUGCGGUAG